AUGGCGCCGGCGGCGCACGUGGUUGGCCGGCGGCAAGGAGGCGGCCGCGGGGGUGCUCUGGACGACGGUGCGCGUGGGGCGGCGCCAGAGAAGGAGGCAGCGGUGAAGCGGGUUGGAUACUUCGAUCUGCCACCCGUUGUCGCUACUGCAGCAUCACUCAAUCCGUGCGACGAGGAGAUUGGGGCGGAGGAUGGGGACGAGACCCGCUUCCGUGUGGUCGCCGUUGAGUAUCGUGCGCUCAUCUUCUGCUGCAGCACCACCCUCGCGCUGCUCGGAUCCGAUCCCCACCUGUUCGCCGCUCUGGCAUGUGCCACGCCGCGUUGCCGAUCGAUGAGUUACGGAGAAUCAUCAAAAUCACUCAUGCGAAGGAUCUCGAAUAAAUUAACGAUGGAGCAAGAGAUCACAGUGAUCAGGAAUUGGUUCACUUAAUGGAAACUAUGAAUAAUCAGGAAUUGGUUCCAGUAUGUGACAUGAUCAAACUGUAUGAAUGAUUGGUUCCGGAUGUCAUGUCUUUGAUAUCAUUGUUUUGGCGUUUUGGCAAUGGUUCAGUAAAUUCAAUGCCGACAGCGUAAUUUCAUUUUAUUUUUAACUAAAUUAACGAUGGAGCAAGAGAUCACAGUGAUCA